UGGUAAAUAAUCCAUAAGGUAAUGCAUUUUCGGUAAUGCAUUUUCAAUUAGUAGCAUGACUGAGUUGGUUUUAAUUUAAAGUGGAAAAUUGAGAGCUUUUCAUACAGCUGGAAACAAGGUUGUUCUCCACAGAGGCAACUGAGUCUGUUUAUUGUCACUUGUGCUUGUUUGCACUGAGGAGGAUUUAGUAUUUCAAUCUUACUUUGUGCCACCAAGACUUAUUAGCAGGUGAGAUCUUCACUCAUUUAAGAACAAGUCAGCAGGACAAGAGACUUCAGCCUGUGCUCUUCUUGAUGAUGUGAAUCCCAAAUACACUUCUAGGGCUAAAGCAUAGAAAUGCACAAGAACUACUUUCUACUCCAAAAGCAGACAAAUACAAUUUAGUAAGGUUUUUAGAAAGACAAUUAAGGGGAUUCAUUGUAAAAGCAAACCUUCCGGUGGCAUUUUUAACAGCUUCUGCCGUGAUGCUCCUGCAUCUUUAUCUUCUAUGGUACUGAGAAGCAUGAAGAUAUCAACAGUGAUGAAAUGUGUCCAAGGAAGCCCAUGCUCUCUUUAUUUAAACAUUAAAGGAACUCUGAGUCUGGAUGAAAAUAUCCGUGGACUGGAAAUAUGUUCUCUUUCACUGGACACACAACAGUCUCAGUGCACAAAUGUGAGAUUCACUAGGAAAAAAAGCAAGAUGCUUAAUGGAAAGAAGGUACAGGUACAAUUCAAUUGUGUUGAAGUCAAUGUAGCACAACACAUCUAUGUGACCAUGAAAACUGUACCAAAUUACUGUGAAGUCAAGCUGAGUCAGGAAUACUAUGUUGAAGAUUGCAGAAACAGUGAUGUGGGAAAAUAUAUUCCAGCUUGUUUGGCUGAAAAGUUUGAUUAUAAUGUAGACAGGGCAAGGAAACUUAUAACAGUGAAUGUAUCCAACUUUCCCCGAGAACAAGAUUAUUAUGUUCGCCUGUGCUACAAAUGGUUUACCUGUGAAGAUGCAGGGGCAUUUGCUGUGAUAAAAGGAAAGGAAUCUUUUAAAUCAGUUUCUCUGAAAUAUUCUCAGCUACUCCCAUGUCUUUGCAUUGAGGGUUGGCUGGCUAUUCCAGAUGCAAGGAGGAUACAACUUUGCCCCUUUGCAAAUGAUACGAAGACGCUAUGGGAUAAUAUUGUUUAUAACCCAUCGACACAAACCCUAGCUUGGGAGCCAGCCUGUCCUGUGCUUGUCAUGGUUAACCUAUGCAGAUUCACAAAGUUGAACCACGACUGUGAAGAUAUAGAAAACUCUUUCAAAAAUUCUACCGAGAAACAGGUUAAAUAUUCUCGUGUGGACACUCACCCGAGACUUUGCAUGAAGUUUACAACCAAAAAAGGAACUUGGAUUAAAUGUCCAUUUGCUCAUGGAGAAUUUCCAGCUUGGAAAAUGAGAACUGCUGCAGUUGCAGAGCAAAUACAAGUUUUCUUCACAUCCCAAACCAAAGCACAGUUCUCAGUGCUUGUGUGUAACAGGACGCAGAUGGCCUCAUGUGAAUCUCUUGGGAUGCACCAUUCAGUCUCUGUGGGAGAUUCUGUAUCAAUAACUAUGCCACAGGAAAUGUAUGGGUCAACAAUUUGUAUUCAGGGCUGGAGAACAGAUGUAGAUUAUUCAGUGCCACUGCAAAUCUGUGAUACCUACUGUGGUUUUCACAAUCAGUCUUAUGGUGACGGAAAUCCAGCAAAGGCCAUGACACACAGGAUGAAGAGUGUGCAGUCCUUGCAUUGAAUUUAAC